ACCGUGCCGGGGCCUUUGGAAACUCUGGUGGUGAAAGACGGAGUGCAAGCCCUCACUUCCCCUUCCUGCACUGCGCAGGCUGCCGAGCCGGGGCCACAGCAGUCCUCCCUCGGGCACCUGCAGCAAGCAUGGAUCAAGAAGCCGUGGGCAAUGUCGUCCUGCUGGCCAUCGUCACCCUCAUCAGCGUGGUCCAAAAUGGAUUCUUUGCCCACAAGGUGGAGCAUGAAAGCAGGAACCAGAAUGGGCGGAGCUUCCAGAGGACAGGGACCCUUGCCUUUGAGCGAGUCUACACUGCCAACCAGAACUGCGUUGAUGCCUACCCUACCUUCCUGGCUGUGCUCUGGACCGCGGGGCUACUGUGCAGUCAAGUCCCGGCGGCCUUUGCUGGCCUGAUGUACUUGUUCGUGAGGCAGAAGUACUUCGUCGGCUACCUGGGAGAGAGAACUCAGAGCACCCCUGGCUACAUCUUCGGGAAACGCAUCAUUCUGUUCCUGUUCCUCAUGUCCCUGGCCGGCAUACUCAACUAUUGCCUCAUCCUCCUGUUCGGCAGUGACUUUGAAAACUACAUAAAGACGAUCAGCACCACCAUCUCCCCUCUGCUUCUCAUCCCCUAGCUCUCUGCUGCAUUCGGGGCCGUGCGCUCAUGCGAUCGAUACCUCGGAGCUGUCAUAACUCAGAGCUUUAAAGGAUCCUGCUCCUCUCUGGGCAGCAGUAAAUCUAACCACCAUCUGGCCCUCACGGCUCCAGUUAACCUUGCCUUUCCGAGAAGACAGUUUUGUGUCAGCUCCGCCCCCUUGAACUUGGCAGUGGCCUCAGUUUUGUUAUUCAGAUCCGUUCUGUGUAGCUCUUGGCUUAUCCUGCUCACCCAGCGUGUUUUGUGACCAGAUACAUAUUUUCCAAAAAUAAAACACGGAGACUUCUCGCG